AUGCUAAACCCCUCCGAUUCCAACUGCGUGGCCGACGCCCCCCUUCGGUCUGAACAUGCUGUCGUUACCGUUUCCGAAUCCCCACACCCUGAACUCGAAAGCUUCGAGGACAAACAAAACAUCCAACCACCCGGUUCCGCCUACACAACAUCUCGGACGCCAUUGCGGUUACGCUCACCGGCCGACCAGGCCCAGCACCAACUGCCCCCGGCCGCAACACUGGACAACGGGGCUUCGCGCCCCAUGUCAUUCGGGGACAGCUCCCUUCAUCCCGUCCCGACCUCCCUCCAACGACACUUCCAUCACCAGCGCAACCAAUCGAGCUCGGAGCUGCGCCCGUCUGCGACCUUCUCUUCCCCAUCCACUGGCCAUAGGAGACUCCGACCACAUUCUGUCGAUAUGCCCUUUACCGGAGACAACAGGACUGCGCAUACCCUUGAAUCGGCGUCGCGAGGUAUGCUGGCUGGGUGGCUUCCUGGGUCGCCGUCCUCGACCGACGCCGAGGUCUCCAUCCCACUAUCAAGAAGCUCGACAGUUUCACCGUCGACCUUUAGCCGGAUUGGCAGAACCCCCAACGCUUCCCGACAAUCACAAAACAGCAAGAACGCCCCCUCUCCGAGCACAUCACGCUUCGCCUUCCUGUCCUCCCUGUCUUCCCUCACCAAAUCGACCCCAGCACCGGCCGAGUAUGACGAGCAAAGUGACCAAGACGGACUACUCAGUCUGAACAUCCAGGAAGCGCUCUUCCCAGACGUCUCGUCGCCCACAGGGCCUCGCGAUGCUUUCUCCCCUGCCGCGUUCAAGAAUUUAGAGGCGGCCGCCACUGCUCUCCUGACCAAGUUCCAGACCGUCUACCGUCAGCAGAGCACAACUCUGAAGGUGUUCCGCUCCGAACGCGAAGCCCAGGCCGACGAGAUCGAAGAGAUGGAGAUGAGGACAAGACAUCUAAAACUUCAGCUGGAGAACAUGGCGCGCCAGGCUCUGGAUCAGGAACAAGAGAUGAAAGCCCUCCGCGCGGCCUUGGAGAAGGAGAAGAUGGCCGGCCGCGAAGUCGUCCCGCCCGUCACCUCCGACGGCUCCACCAUCGUUUCGGAGGACCUGGGCGCCGAAGACGACCAGGACGGCCAGAGGUGGAGCAAGACCAGCAGCAGCAGCCUUGACGACACGGAUGAGGAAAGCAUCUGCGACUCCCCGAGCGUGUUCUCUAGGUCAAGGAGCCCUGCGAAUCCCAUAGCCUCGGGAGGUGGGCUGGAGGCUGGUGCGGCAGCCACGGCAGCGGCGGGAAUGUCCGCUGAUCCGGCCACGCAGAGGCAGCGAAACUCAAGAGGAGGAACCACAUCAAAGUCCCAGCUGCGCGCCGUGCCGCCGGUGCCGCAAGCGCAACCACAGGCGCAAACGCAGAUCAGCGCGUUCCAGAAACUCGUGAGGGGGAUUACCGGUGAAACGGAAGCCUCGGCGUGUCGCAACUGUGAGGGCCUCAGCGAGCGGGCCGCUUGGGACACUGUCAGUUUGCUACGUGAGGAGAACAGGACGCUCAAGACUAGAGUUGCCGAGCUGGAAUCGUGCGUGGAAGGUGCAUUGGAUGUGGUGAAUGGCCUCCGGCUUGAAUGA